CGGCAUGCUGCCCGGGGCGGAUAACGAGCUCGCACAGAAGCACGUACCUGAUGUAUGCACUGGCGCAAGGAUCAUGAUGUCUCCUGUCCCGCCUUCGAGUCUGUCUGCGUCUGGCCUGUAUGAAUAUAAUGAUCACAUUGCUGCACGAACUUAGUUUCUUGUGCUGGCCCGCAUUGCAUGCAAUAUAUCUGUCAAUGAAACAACACAGUCUACGCAAAGCAAACCAUAUGUCGCGGUGAGGGAACAUCGAAAAGAUUGUUGCGUUGCAUAAAACCAAAACGAGUUGCACAUCCUUCUGUCUACGAAUAUCUGCGAGACGGGUGUGACGCUACCGAAACUUCUUUGCGUAGUGGACAUUGGACUGCAAAAGUGCGAACAGUUUCACCAGGUGAGUCGCGCCGUGCAGUUACAGCGCCGGCCUGCGACUGAAGCGCAGAAAAAGCAGCGGCGCGGACGGGUCGGUCGUGUGCUAUGUUGAGAGUGCACAACCCCCCCUCCUCCUCAUUGAUUUGUAUAGCAUGAACGGAAAUGCAAGCGUCAGCAAGAAUGCCGGUUUUGCAUGACAAAUUUGCACAGGAGUGUAGUAUUGGUUGGGAUUCCGGACUUUAUCACGCAACCAGUGCCAAGAGGCACAGUGUCAGUGCCUAAAAUUGGUAUUUUGCAUGACAAAUGACGGGGAGGGGGAGUUGUGCACUGUCAUAUGGGCAGCCCGGCUUUUACUUUCCCUUGUACUUCCGUAAAAAUGAUGAAGAUCUUCCCGCGAGGACAAGAAGAGCUUCGGAGAGUAGGGCUGCAGUUCCAGUCAACAAGGACAACGUCUCUGCUGAAAUAUCAACUACCGGGAGCUACUACUGCAAGGAGGACUCGUUGACUUCGCCCUGUUCGAUCGAUACGCUACCGGACUGCUCUACUCAGCACUGGCAAGACUGUGACCGACGCGGAAUGAUCCUGGAAUGUGCCGCGGAACGGGCGUUGAUGCUGCGCGGACUCGAGGAGAAGAUCCAAAAGGUUUUUGGAAGCCUAAACAGGAAAGAGCUGCUGCAAGCAGACCAAAGAAACAAGCUCUCGAAGGGCGACGAGAUGAGUGGUGAAGCAGCUGCAGGACGUGCCUGCGCAGUCUCCCAAGAACUUAACUUCGCAAUGAAGAUCAUCGCCGGUCAUCUCGCUAAUGACUACUUGUACGCGGGUUACGUCGAUCCCGUGUGUCGUCGCCGAUUCCGCCACUGGGAUGCGCGUUCCAAUAAGUGGGUCUGGGAGCCAGUAGGGGUUGAUGUGAGUGACGAUGGUGCGUCUGCGGGCAAACAAGCCGAGGUACUAUCGGUUAGUACGCAACACGACCACGAGCGCCAUCGCUGUUACGCCACGCUGGCCAUGCUGGAAGACCUGCAGCUGAGACUAGACGGAGGCGGUGGAAAAAGUACCGCGAACGGAGUUGAUCGUGGCCUUUGGCUUGUGCUUGUGCGCGACUGCGACCGGAGAGGGCUGCUUCGGGUUCCGGUUCGAGAACAUCCGGAGAGUGCGCGCGAUGGGGAAACAAAAAAUUCUAUCGUUUCUGUGGGCGAUGCUGUGCCUUGUUCUCAUGAUGGGGUCGCGAGUCUCGGGCAACACGGGGAACAUCUUGUGGGAUCAUCUGCAGUGCGACAGCAAGAUGAAGAUCGUCGUGAUGAAGUCGAUGAAGGUUCCACUAGCUCUAGCUUAUUGCGUGCUGCUCGUCUUUUCGACUCAUUCUGUAUUACGGCCGGGGACGAUGAAAGGGCCGGUCAAGACCGAUACAAGAAGAAUAAACAAUUCCAGUCGAUGGGCCCCGACGAAACUCCUCUUGAAAUAGCAGACUCCCGUGCAGACCAAAACUUCGUCGAGAUGUCGAUUCCCGAACGUGUUGCACCGGACUGCCAUGAUCAAACUGCGGACAAUAAAAGCGCUGGCGCGAUUUCAUCUGAAAACGAUGUUGAUAAUUCUGGUCGCGUCACAUCCACACCCUUGCCGCCAGCAGUAACGGCGGCACUACGUGGAAGCUCAGCCGACCUGUCAACUCAGGACCUCGCAAUGGGCCACACCUCGUCCUGCUCCCGUGGAGCAGGUAGUAGUACUACCAUAGGCCAACUGGAAGACCAGAGCAGACACGCCUCAUCGUACAAACAGCAGCUCCGGAACUACACAACACAGCUCCGCUCCUCCUCCAUCCUCCCCUCCACCUUCGGUCUUUUCGUCCACACCCUUCCCUGCCACGACCUGUUGGUCGCUCAGCUCAUCGCGACUGCCGUUUUUCUCGACAUGCCGCAGGACGGAGUGAUUUUGGGGGCUAUUCUGGACGGUUCUACGCACUCGUGCUGCGUGGAGAAGCUUUCUCUCCAGCAACGAUUCUUCGACCCGGGGUAUUUUGACCACACCACCACCAGCGGUGAAGACAACGCACAGGACCGACUGCGGUUCUUUGCGGAAAGCGUCAGGAAGCGUCGCAGCCGCUGGGAGCUCGUGGAGCGGAAGAUAGCUGCCCGUAAGGCUCAACAGCAGAGUGGUAAAAAUACAGGCAUGGGAGGGCGGUCUUUCAGCUCCAAAACUGCUUCCGGACAUGGUUCGGUGUCCAGGAACACCACCAGCGAGGGCCUUAUUGAUGGCGGUUCGGAAGCAGCAUUUUUCAGCGAGCCCUUGGAUAUCAGAUGCCGCAUUAUUCAGAUGCUUAGUGACGAUCGGCUCCAGCACAUGAGAUUCGAACAGAGAAGGGAAUUCUUCGAGCCAGAUAAGGAAGUCUGCGCCGAAGCAGCAGCGAACAUUCUCGACGGCAUUACGCGGAUUGCGCGGGCCCUGCUGAACUUGGUGGUGCCAAAUCACCGGGAGCGCUGGAGACAGCACUGGCUGCAGGAGAGAACAACUUCUAGGACGUCGCUCUUGCGGUCCUCAAACAGUACAGUCUCGGCGCAAACUGAUGCGGAAGGCAGAUCGUCUUCAGACAAACAUUUGCAAAAAAGAAUUGUCAGCGAAAGUUUUACGCCCGCUUCCUCAGCCGCGGCGUCGUCCUCUAGUAGCUUCGCUGCGCAAUCGGAAUCGCAGGCCCUGUCGCGGCAGACCCAGUCGCCCUCGUCCUGUUCAUGGGACGCCGGAUCUUUUGCAUCGAGCGGUGCGAGCUCGCAUCAGCUGGCGAGCAACGUGGACAGACCCAUGUCGGCAGCCACACCGGCAACAGAAGCCCGAGGUCUGCUGGACGAGGUGCCAUCCUCAAGAACUCAGCCAGCCCCGAUUGUUGUGACUGCGGACAUGCUCCAAAGUCGGCUACUGGAAGAGCAACAGUCGGCAGACCUUCGAAAGAGUUCGGCGUCAGAAGCAGGCAUCAAAACAGAACUGUCAUCCACCACGACCGGUCGUGCAAAUAAAAGCAGCUCCAACUUCGCCUCUCCACUCUCCGUGUGGGAAAAGCGGCUGAAUGCGUUGGCCUCGUUGGAAUACGACGACCGUUCGCAGCAGCUGUACGACUUUCAACCAGCAGCAGUGCUGAUCCAACUCAUGGCCAGCGUCUUCUGCGCCGAAAGUGGGGGCUUUGCUGUGGGGCUGUGUGAGGAGUUGUAUCGAGGUCCUCGUGGGGAAAUAACUGCUCGGGAAGAUCAAGCGCCCGGUAGUAGAAGUGCUGUAGGUCCUGAUACUGGUCUUGUCGCGUCUGCUCCUUUGUGUCCAUCAAACGGCUUGCUGACCACGUCGGAAGAAGAUGGUUUUAGUCCUUGCAGCACGAUUGUGCUGCCCUUUAAGAUCGAGAAUAAGGACGAUGAGGCAACGGCGGCGGAAAUCUUGGACACAUUCAUUUGUGCAAAGAAAGCCAAACAAGCCAACCGCAGCAACCAGCAUCGCCGAAAUACCAAGGAUGAGACGGAAGGGAAUAAAGGAGGCGCAGAAAAAGGCAAUCAGUGCGGUGGAAUAAUUUCCGAGAAUUUUGCGAUCACGGCCGGCGAGAAAUUUCUGGACGAAGCAGGAAAAAGCGCGGCUUCUCCGACGAGCUAUUUGGAUCUCGAGAAAAUGCUGUGUGCUAACAAUAAAAGACAGCCGCGCGUCAUCACUUUUCAUCACGCGAGUAAGUCCGCCUCCACUGCCAACCGGUCUACAACAACUUGCAAGAACCAGAAAACAGACCACCACCAUAUUUCAACCCGACUAGCUGCCAGCAGAACAACUCCAGCGCUCUCCUGGGCUCUGUCUCCCGAGUGUGAAACUCUGAUGCGUUUGCAGCUGCUGGCAAACAACCGCAUGCAGCCGGGACAGCAUCGUAGACUGAACUUGUUCAAAAAUCGCGAGCCACUGCAGAUACUGCAAGCCGGUAGCAGUGGCGUUUUGUGCGGGAGACGUGAUUGCGUGACCAGCUGGCACACGGCGAUCUGGGAAUUGAAAAACGACUGUGAUGUUUCGGGACGAGGACCAAGCGACGCAGAUUAUACAAGUUCAACCAACAAGAAAAAGUCGGCUCUGGAUGUCGUCGAAUUCGCGGGGGCUCGUCCUGCUAAGGAAAAUAAAUUUCUUCACCGAAGCCGCGGAGUUUUUGUUUCCGUCCCGACCAAGACGCGUAUUGACUGGAGCUCGCCCGUUGCGACUGCUAUCCUGCCACGAUACAACCACAACAGAAUCGGCUCGGGCUCGGCUGGCGGUCGUAUCAGUGACCGAGUGCUGCAAGCACAACCGAUAAUUACAUCGUCGUCUUGCUUGUUUGGCGUUUGUCCCAAGCGCCGCCUCGUCGGGGUGAAGGAAAUCGUCGCGUCAAUCGGCAUGAGCGUGUGGCCGGCAGAUCGGCCUGUUGUGUCUUGGAUGGUGCAGGCGGGAUGGAAUGUGGAGGAUAUUGUGGUACUGGCGCACAUGGUACCGGAAAUACUAAGUACUGAUCCUCGAACUCAACUGCGUCAGGAGAACUGCGAUGGGUUAUUGGCUGCUGACGCAGAAGAUGAGCUGGCAAGGGCAAACACGACGACGGUGAAUCAGAAUAGCAGCGCACGACCAACAAGUAGCGAAGCCACUACUGCGCGUUGUAUUUCCAUUCUCGGCCUUGUGCAUGCACUUCCAUCAAGCGCCAGCACACGCUGCACCAGAAGUCGCACGAACCCGACAAGUGGUGGCACUAGCGUCGAUGAUAAUGCGGCGCUUUUGCUUUUACCAACCCCCGAGCCGCUGCACCUGAUUCGCACCGCCCUGGAAUACCGGGCGGACUUCCGAAAAAUGUGCUUCGGCUCGUUCGAAGAUGUGAAGGGUGUUCUACUGCGUCGAAAUCAUAAACCACACACCGCAGCGGACAGGACGGCGAGCACCACUACGACGACAAUAGCUACCGAUCCUCGUGCGCCACCGCUGCAAUGGCAGAAGCAAAUCGCAAAGGCGGGAGCGAAGCAACAUCUUCAAAGCUCCACAUAUUACUCCCUGCACCGUUGCAAGCAGUUGUUUCACGAGCUAGGGAAGCCGCUAGUAGGACAUGAGCCGCAGAAUUUAGAUUCUUCCAGCAAAGGAAGGAAUGAAGUAGCGGAUCAUGACCACCGCGAACAUGUGGAGCACGAGCUGCAGGACACCAGGACACACUCAUCCUCUUUCCGAAUAGCCCGGCUGUCUACUUUGUUGGAAGAGAGUGAGGUGGGGGGCAAGGGUGGCACAAUAAACAAAGGCGCCUCGACUAGAACUGAGGACGGUUUUCGCAGUGUGGCAACAGCAGCUCCGCGAAUAAGUAGUUCCCACUGUCGCAGCGGAGGAGAAGGUGACAGCGCCGUAGAAGUUGAAGAAGACCUGAGUACCAUCCCCUGGACAACGCUCGCGGACAAACCCGCGAGUUGGUGGACCGAGCAGCGAGUGCAUUCCGUAUUCGCAGCGAAACGAGAGAACGGGCUGAUUUAUGGUCACGUGCAGGGUCUCGGCUGAAAUAGACCAGGGCGGGGUGCUUACAACUACAGCAUCAGCAACUAUUGCGAGUAUGGCUUUAAUCCUUCGCGCCAGGCGAAUUCGUACAAGUUGCGCCGGAUGAUUUACGAAGAUGGGCCCAAACAAUGGAGAACUUCGUAAUAGCAUACAUGGACAAAUUUCCAGUUUUUUAUCGUUCCCCAGAAGUAGACACUACUUCUCUCAUUCUUUAGUUAGAGCAUUCAGUUCAGUCCGUGUCCGUAUUAAUUACCGUGUUAGGAAUCAAUCUACUAGUACCUACCAUUGUUUUAGCUCAUUCUUAUUCCGUAUCAAAUGCACAACCGAUAAACAACGAGCGGCAAUAGCAAUACAAAAUGGAAAAUCUGUUUAUAUAUUUUCCCCAUCUUCUAUGCACCACUAAAAAGAUGUAGAUGAAAUAUAAAGUCGCUGUCGCUUUUUUUCCGGUGUAAUCAACCAAUGCCAGUCUCGUUUGCGCCUGUGAGCGGUUUAUUUUUGACUCUGUCUCGUCUUCUGUCGUUCGGUCCCUCCUCGUUUGUCCAACGGCACUACUAACUUGCGUAUAAUAGAAAUUCUGGGCGGACAAGAGAAUGAAAUUCGUAGGCGGGCGCUGUGAGUGUGUGGACUGUGUGUGAGUCGGAGAACAAGCAAUUAGUUUCCCCCCGAGUUGUGGUCUUCCUUUG